GCCAAGAAUGCCCGCGACCAGCCCAAUGGCCGGCGCGUCGUCUCCAGCGCCUCGAACAAGGACCGCCAGCCGAGGACUCGGCGCUCGCAGUUCCUGCCGCAGCUUCACCUGGCCAUAUACGACAACGCGCUGCACUUUGUCGAGUUCGAAAACGACCUUGCCGCGCUGCAUACGCUGCUGGCCAAGCUGGUGUCCAAGCUCGGCGUCAACGCCGUUCGCUACGGCGUGCCCAUGAUCUACCGCCUCCAGGAGGAGAUUUUGGCCCUCGAUCAACCCAUCCACAAGGUGCGGAUCGCGGCCCUGUGCCAUGGCUACUUCUGGGCCCUGACCGAUAGGUUCGAGUUCGAGGGCUCUGCAGUGGGCAGGGCGAUCGGAAACGAAGUCGCCCGGCGAAAGAGCAAAGGCUUCUGGGUGCCGGGCAUCCACGUCCCGGCGCUGCCCCUCGACCAGAUCGGACCGCUGGGCCAAGCGUCCCCCCCGCCCUCAUGGGACCUCAGCGCUCUCGAGACGGAAGAGCUGUUGCCGUUUGACGACCGGGUCGCCCUGAUCCAGUGCAUCGCCGUGGGCUACGAGGAGAGCACCUCGUUUCCGCCAAACAGCCCGUCUGCCUCGCCGGGUCGGACGCUCUCCGGCCCCAUCCUCAACACCCCCAUGAGCCCCGGGUCCUCUUCCGCGGCAGGGUUGACUCCGGACAGGGCGCUGGAGCUUCCGGACACGUACCGCGAGGAGAUGCUGACGGAGUGGUCCAGAGAGCAGGUGGCCGCCGCUCUGGCCGCCGAGGGCAAGACGGAGUCCAUCAACGGCUCGCGGACGGGCACCGUGGCUACCGGCCUCAGAAAUCUGACCAUCGGCACCGGCACCGCCGCCGGCGUCAACGGCAACAAUGGCUACCUGCCAUACUCGCCCUACGGCAGCCAGCACAACUUGCGACCGCGCUCGUCCCAGACGCACAUGAUGGCGGAUCAGAUCCACCUCGGAGCCCUCGGACCAUCGCCCAGGUUCCGGCAGGGCAGCAUCCGAAGCGGCAUUUCGCAGACGAUGUCGUCGUCGAGCAAGGCCGGCGUCGCCUCGGUGGAACAGCUCAAGCGCGUGCUGUCCGGCAACGUGUCCCCCAACGCCUUUGGCUCCGAAGACGACAGCG